AUGGGAUUCCUCGGCGUCUACCGAGCGCUGUACGAUUAUGUCCCCCAGGCCGAGGGAGAGCUGGCCAUGAGCGAGGGUGACGUGCUCUACGUGCUCGACAACAAUGGCGACGAUGGCUGGUGGAAGGCCAAGAAGAAGGCUGGUGCCGACGACGACGAAGAGCCAGAGGGCCUCGUUCCCAACAACUAUGUUGAGCCUGCGCAUGCACUAAGCCACGCUCGAGCAAUAUACGAAUACACCCGACAGACGGACGAGGAGCUGUCGUUUUCCGAAGACGCUAUCCUAGACAUAUACGACACUUCCGAUCCCGACUGGAUUCUUGCCGGGGUGGACGGUGAAUUCGGCUUCGUGCCCUCCAACUACAUUGAGAGUCAGGGGGGCGCCUCGGGUCCUCAGACGCCGUCCCCUGCCGCUCCCCCGGCGUUGCCGGCGAGGCCCGCGUCGGUGACGGCCACGCCGGAGAGUCAACACGACGCCGGCCCCGCGUCACCGCUGCACAACCCUGCGGCUGCCUUGGCUGGUGUCAUGCACGGCCGUGCCCCGCCCCAGCGUGCUACUCCGUCUCCGCCUCCUCCUCAGCCCGCCCGACCAGCCACUCGACAGGACGAGUCCCACGCCUCGGAGGAUGAUGAGGAGUCGAUGCGGUCUCCGACCCUGCCAUCGCGGCCUAGGCCCACGCCAGCCGCCGACAGGCGAAGUCGUGACUACGCAGCGCCGCCUCGGGAAGCCCCCACUGGCGGCGAUGAGCCAUAUCGUACACCUGGUGGCUUCCACAUGUACAACAUCAAUGAGAUGGUGUCGGUGAUGGGAAAGCGGAAGAAGAUGCCUACCACACUGGGUAUCAACCUCAAGACCGGCACAAUUCUAAUAGCACCUGAGCGGGCGCAGGACGACCCCGCUCAGGAGUGGACGGCCGACAAGAUGACGCACUACUCGCGAGAGGGAAAACAUGUCUUUAUGGAGCUGGUCCGCCCCAGCAAAAGUAUCGACUUUCACGCUGGCGCCAAAGACACCGCAGAAGAGAUCGUUGGCGCUCUCGGCGAGUUAGCCGGCGCGGUCCGUGCCGAGGGUCUGCGUGAAGUAAUCAUGGCAGGGUCGCAACGCAGCCAACGAAAGGGCCAAGUUCUGUAUGACUUCAUGGCCCAAGGCGAUGAUGAGGUGACCGUGGCUGCGGGCGAUGAAGUUGCCGUUCUCGACGAUUCUAAGAGCGACGAGUGGUGGCAGGUUCGUCGUCUCAAGAACGGCAAGGAGGGCGUCGUCCCCAGCAGCUACAUUGAAAUUACUGGGACAAUCACGCCCCCUCCAUCAGCGCUCGGGUCUGGCAUUGACUCCGCCAGGGCCACGGUCGAACAAAACCGACUUGAAGAGAUCAGGCUCACCAAGGAAGCGAUCAAGGCCAGCAAAGAGCCGCAGCAGGUAGGGCCAGGAAUGCCCCUCCCCACAAGAGGCAGCAGCCUCACGGCCAACGAACAUGGUAGUAAUUCGGGACAGCAGCGCGGCCGCCGUGAGAAUGGACGGGGUGAUGGCGCCGGCCACUCCAAGAGCAAGUCUAAGCCUGACUCCUCCAAGGUCAGGGUUUGGACGGAUCGAUCUGGCUCCUUCAGUGUCGAAGCACAGUUCCUUGGGCUCAAGGAUGGCAAGAUCCACCUUCACAAGAUGAACGGCGUCAAGAUUGCCGUGCCCAUCGCCAAAAUGUCGCGAACCGACCUCGAGUAUGUCGAGAACACGACUGGCAUAUCCUUGGAUGAUGACAAGCCGCUGGCCGACAUCAAGAGGGCCAAGUCUACUGACAAGCGGCCGUCCGAUGUCGGUGCCUCCGUGGGCAAGAGUGAAAAACCCGAGUACGACUGGUUCCAGUUCUUCUUAUCAUGCGAUGUGGCCGUGGGCCUCUGCGAACGCUACGCCCAGGCCUUCCUCAGAGACUCGAUGGACGAAAGUGUGCUGCCCGAUGUCAACGCCACGAUCCUCCGGACACUCGGCCUCCGCGAGGGCGACAUCAUCAAGGUGAUGCGGACGCUUGACGCCAAAUAUGGCCGUGACCGGAGCAAAGCAGGGGCGGACGGAGAUGCUGGCACCGGGGGGCUCUUUUCGGGGCCUGGCGGUGCCCUACGGAAUAACACGCGCAAAGGUCGUCCUGCGCCUGCCGUCCAGGCGAGUGAUGUUGUCGAUGCAGCUGCCUUCUCCAAGAGCGGCCCCUCGGGACCCAGCUCCGACGACGCUAAGUCUCCAGCAGCGAGCAGCCCUACCAAGUCAAGCCCCCCUCCGGCCGGCGGAUUCGACGAUGAUGCGUGGGACGUGAAGCCGCGGCCCCAGGAGACGUCCACCAAGACCAAGGAUGCCAAGCAGGGGCAGCCGACGGCUCAGCCAGCGACGUCUCCGAAGCCGGCUGCCCCAGCGCUGACUGGCUCGAUGCAGGAGCUUUCCCUGCUGUCAGAGCCUCUUCAGCCCACCAAGACCGAGCCAUUACCCGUCACCACGACAACCCUCGGCCAGCCGGCAGAGCAGCCGCCGCCGCCACAACAGCCGCUUCCUGGCGCCAGCCCGUCCUUCUUCUCCACCGUUCCGAAGCCGGGACAGCAGUCGUCGCCCAAGGCUCUGGCUAGGCAGCGGCCCGCCCCCCCCUCGCUGUCGUCUAACCCGGCCUCUCUAGUCCCACCUCCCCCCCAACGGCCCCUAUCUGCUCCCCAGUCCGCGCAACCAGCAGUGUUCUCACCCCCCGCCAUGGCCCCUCAAAUGACUGGGUCGGUUCAGUCCCAGGUGGCGCCGCCCGGCCAGAGCCUCAGUGACCUCACCCAGGCGAGACUGCAACAGCAGUACGCGGCGCAGCUUCAGCAACAGCAACAGCAGCUACAGCCUGCGAUGACGGGUUACGCCGCCCUUCAACCCCAAGGCAUGGGCCCCUUCCCGACUGGCGGCGCCGGCCAGUUCAUGCAGCCCAUGAUGACCGGUAUACCCGGAGCGAGCCCCUUUGCCGACCCAGGCCGGCCUGGCCAAUUCUCCCCUGUCCAGACUCAACCUACAGGGUUCCAGCCGACCUAUCAGACCGGCAUGUCGUCAUAUCCGCAAGUCACUGGCCCUUCCAGUACCAUCAACAGCUUCCUGCCCCCAGCUUUGGAACCUCAGCGGACAGGCGCGCCGCCCAUGAUGUAUCCCCAACAAACGGGUGCCGUUGGCGGUGGCGGGUUUACCCAGCCGUUGCAGCCGCAGAAGACAGGGCCACCACCGCCGGUCCGCUUCGGAGUGACGGCGGAAACGAAAAAGUUGACGCCGCAGCAGACCGGGCGGAGGGCGAACCUGUCCCAAGCAACUCCGCAGAACCCUUUCGGCUUCUAG